AUGGGGAGUCGCUCUUACAGCGGCACUAUUACAACAAGUCGCCGUUCUGUCCAGCUGGCACUUCAGAAAUUUCAACAACCAACAGCGCUCUCAGUCGAGUUGCCACAGUCGGUUUCCCCAUCCUCCGAAGUUUCCCCGCCCUCCGUUUCCCCUCGCGCGCAACGGGUCCCGCGGCCGCCAGACUACCGCCGAGACACAUUAGCAUGGGCCGACCUAUCUCCCGGGAAUAUUGCGGCUGCGUCUGUGGCUGCUGAUGCGGCGACGGCGGGGGCGGAGUAUUAUUUGCGUGACAGUCAGGGGAGUCCGACUAUGUGCGCAGCGGCGGCCGGCGGCCCGCAGACGAUCACGCGGCGCCGAACAAGUCCACGGAGUACGGCGCGCCCGGUGUCGCCCAGCGGCGGCGGCGCGGAUGCAGGGCCGGGCGGCGCGUUCUCCCUGGGGGAAGCCGCCGCGACAGGCCCGAGGGUCAUGCGGCGGGCGAAAACGCUUCCGCUCAGAGGGGAAGACGGGAUUGUCGGUUUGUUUUGCACGGAAGUCCCAUCCCCACCCGCCUACCCCAAGCCCGCGCAUCCUUCCCCGCGCACGCAGCGCAGCCUGCAGAGGCUGGCGAACUUCCGCGGCCAGCCGUACUCGCCCCCGGCAGUAGCAGCAGCAGCGUCGCGGAAAACUGCUACAGCUGGCGGCGCGGCUGCGAGCGACGGUGGGGCAGACGACUGUGGAAGGGAAGCAGACUCUGCUGCUGCUGCGGAAGGUGCUGCUGCGGCGGGCAGUGGGGACAACUGUUGCGGCGCUGAUCAAAACAGGCGCCGUGUUGGCCGAAGCUGCGAGUUCAAACGCCGCCUAUCGCCCCUGUCCCCUUUCUCACCUUCUGCCCCAUUUUCGCCCUCCGCCCACUUCUCCCCCUCCGCCCACUUCUCGCCCUCCGCCCAUUUCUCGCCCUCUGCCCACUUCUCCCCUUCCGCCCACUUCUCGCCCUCCGCCCAUUUCUCCCGCUCCGCCCACAUCUCCCCCUCCGCCCACUUCUCGCCCUCCGCCGACUUCGCGCCCUCCGCCCCGUCCUCGCCGCGACCCUUCUCCCCGUCGAGUUCCUCGCCGUUGUCACGUCCGCCUGCAGCCCCCGCCCUCCGAAACCGGUCUCCGCAGCCCGCUUGCGCUGCUGCGCACGCUUCUAACUGUCCGCGGUCCGAGUACAGCUGCCCGCGGUCCGAGCACAGCUGCCCGCGGUCCGAGCACAGCUGCCCGCGAUCCAAUCUCUGCCGGGAGUCCCACGCGCAGCAGCAGCGAUUCCGCGUUGCCGCCCAAGAGAUGGGAUACCGCGAACAGCAGCCGCAACCGCAGUCACGGCAGAUCAAGACGGACGGAGAAGAGGAACGGCAGCCGCGGCCGCGACAGGUCAAGACAGAAGGAGAAGAGGAACAGCAGCCGCGAUCGCGACAGGCGAAUCGUCAGAUAGUACUACAGGGGCCGCCCGGCCGAGGCACUGCGAUGACCAUGCCGCACGCGCGCGACGCGGGACCGUCAUCCAACGGCCACGACCACUACGGACUGAAUCCGCGGCGCCAUCAGCAGUAUUAUUCUCGACCUACGGCCGCUGCAGGCGGCGGGCCGCGGUGUGGCGCUCACGAAGCGCGCUCCGUCAGACGCGAUCCUCCUAACAAUGACGCUACCUCGAACGUAAACUCGUCGAGUGCUGACGUGGCGCAGAUCCACUGCCGCACGGUCUCGCCGCGGCAUUACAGGGAUAUCCGUCCUCUCAGCCUGGCGGGUGACUCGCUCGGGCGCGCGCGCGUCGAAGGCGCGGGCCCAGUUUCUCCCGUCUCGCUGGUCGCGCAGCGCCUGGAGGUGUGGUUCGAGGAGGCCACGUCAGCAGGGACUUGGCCGCAUCCUCGCCACAGCCCAUCCCGAGCAUCAGUUGCGUCAGCAAGGUCAUGA